AUGGCAUUGUAUUAUGAAUCAUCAUCAUCAUCAUCCAAUGAGAGUGAAGAAGGAUUUAUCUUAAAUAUAUUGAUACGUUUACCAAAACCAAGGGUGUUUCGAGAUAGAUCUGAUCCACUGACUUAUUUUGAUGAURWAGAAUUCAGUCGUAGAUUCCGUCUUUCUAAAGUCAUGUUUGGUGAAUUGAUGCAUUUGAUUGGGGAAAAUAUUCAACAUGACACAAGAAGAAAUCAUGCUAUUCCAUCUCCAAUGCAAAUAUUAAUUACAUUACGAUUUCUUGCUACUGGAACAUUCCAAGCAGUUAUUUGCGAUUUGGUAAACAUUCAUAGAUCAAUUCAGUCUCUUUGCCAAGAUAUUGGGGAACAAUAMCGUARUAGAAAGGGUUACUUUAGCUUUAAUGUACAAGCUGUAUGUAAUAGUAAUCUAGAAAUAACCGAUAUCGUUGCAAGAUGGCCUGGAUCAGUGCACGAUAGCACUAUUUUUGACAAUAGUUCAGUUCAUGCCAAAUUAGAAAACAAUGAGUUUGGAGAUUGUUAUAUUCUUGGAGGUGGAGGUUACCCAUGUAGGAGAUAUUUAAUGACACCUCUUUUAAAUCCUCUAACUGCAUCAGAAAAAAUACCAACUAAUUUUAUAAAAUUAUUGUUUCCUUUAAAAAAUCUCGAUCUAUUGCAACAAUGGGUUAAUGCUACAAAACAGAUUUGUUUGUUCCAAAUAGAUGGAGUAAAAUUUUCAGUAAACACUUUUACCUAG